UGGAAGCGGAGGCAGCGGGAGGGGACCUUGUGGAGUAGAGGGGUAACAAGAUGGCGGCGGAGACGGUAGAGCUCCAUAAACUGAAGCUUGCUGAACUAAAGCAGGAAUGUCUUGCUCGUGGUUUGGAGACUAAGGGAAUAAAACAAGAUCUCAUCAACAGGCUCCAGGCCUACCUUGAAGAGCAUGCUGAAGAGGAGGCAAAUGAAGAAGAUGUACUGGGAGAUGAAACAGAGGAAGAAGAACCAAAGCCCAUAGAACUGCCUGUGAAAGAGGAAGAACCCCCUGAAAAAACUGUUGAUGUGGCAUCAGAAAAGAAAGUGGUAAAAAUUACAUCUGAAAUACCACAGACUGAGAGAAUGCAGAAGAGAGCUGAACGAUUCAAUGUACCUGUGAGCUUGGAGAGUAAGAAAGCUGCCCGGGCAGCUAGAUUUGGGAUUUCUUCAGUUCCAUCAAAAGGCCUGUCAUCUGACACCAAGCCUAUGGUUAACCUGGACAAGCUAAAGGAAAGAGCUCAAAGAUUCGGUUUGAAUGUCUCUUCAAUUUCCAGAAAGUCUGAAGAUGAUGAGAAACUGAAAAAGAGGAAGGAGCGAUUUGGAAUUGUCACAAGUUCAGCUGGAACAGGAACCACAGAGGAUACAGAGAAAUGUGGGACCACCUGGUUGCUAGCCUUUACUUCACCUGCUGAGGUCCUCCAACCACCGCCACCACCUUGCCACAUGUCCUCUCCACCCUGGCUGCCCAUCUCCACCUCUACUACCACUGUGGAAGAAUGUUUCUUCUUUAACUCCUUGAUGGGAAGAGAGGGAGAAAAACAUCAAUGUGUGGUUACCUCUUGCACGGCCCCUACUGGGGACCUGGCUCACAACCCAGGCAAAGAAGAGGAAAAGAGCAGAACGCUUUGGGAUUGCCUGAUGAGAAACUCCAUGUUUUCUGUUCUCCAGUGGUUUCCAUCUCUCUGAUUCUUCUUGGUCACAUACAUACCUAAACACACAGUUUUGUGCCUAGGUCCUGCCUCGCAUUAAGAGAGCAUGUACCCUGGGUGCACUGAUGAAUACAGUAGCAGUUUGACUUCUUGCUGUUCCAACUUUAA